AUGAAUCAAGAACAGAAGUCAUUUGUUUAUGUGUGUAUCCAAUGCACGUCUUUGAGGGAAAUAAAGCUUAAGGAUCCUAUAAGAUGUACGGAUUGUGGGAACCGAGUUCUCAGGAAGAAGAGAACUGACGAGGUGGUUCAGAUGGAUGCGGUCUGA